AUGUCCAGCCCGGGCGUCGACGGCGACCCCAAGCCUCCGUGCCUGCCGCGCAAUGGCCUGGUGAAGCUGCCGGGCCAGCCCAGCGGCAUGGGUGCCGCCAGCAUCACCAAGGGCACGCCCGCCGCCAGGAACCGGCCCUGCCAGCCGCCGCCCGCGCUCCCGCCGCCCAGCCUGGCCGCCCCGCUGCCCCGGGCCGCCCUGGCCGGGGGCCUGUGUCCAUCAGCGGGGCUCUCUCUCGGCGGACCGGCCUCAGCCCCGGUGCCUGGGCCCUUGGCGGAGCGGCCACCACUGGCCACAGAUGAAAAGAUCCUCAACGGCCUCUUCUGGUACUUCUCGGCCUGCGAGAGGUGCGUGCUGGCCCAGGUGUGCAAGGCCUGGCGGCGCGUGCUCUACCAGCCCAAGUUCUGGGCGGGGCUCACGCCGGUGCUGCACGCCAAGGAGCUGUACAACGCGCUGCCCGGCGGCGACAAGGAGUUCGUCAGCCUGCAGGGCUUCGCGGCGCGCGGGUUUGAGGGCUUCUGCCUGGUGGGCGUCUCCGACCUGGACAUCUGCGAGUUCAUCGACAACUACGCCCUCUCCAAGAAGGGCGUCAAGGCCAUGAGCCUCAAGCGCUCCACCAUCACCGACGUGAUGCUGGAGCAGAUGCAGGGGGUGGUGCGCCUGGAGCUGUCCGGCUGUAACGACUUCACCGAGGCGGGACUGUGGUCCAGCCUGAGCGCCCGCAUCACCUCGCUGAGCGUCAGCGACUGCAUCAACGUGGCGGACGACGCCAUCGCGGCUAUCUCGCAGCUGCUGCCCAACCUGGCCGAGCUGAGCCUGCAGGCCUACCACGUGACAGACACGGCGCUGGCCUACUUCACGGCGCGCCAGGGCCACAGCACGCACACGCUGCGCCUGCUGUCCUGCUGGGAGAUCACCAACCACGGCGUGGUCAACGUGGUGCACAGCCUGCCCAACCUCACGGCGCUCAGCCUGUCAGGCUGCUCCAAGGUCACCGACGACGGCGUGGAGCUGGUGGCCGAGAACCUGCGCAAGCUGCGCAGCCUCGACCUCUCGUGGUGCCCGCGCAUCACCGACAUGGCGCUCGAGUACGUGGCCUGCGACCUGCACCGUCUGGAGGAGCUCGUGCUGGACAGGUGUGUACGCAUCACGGACACUGGCCUCAGCUAUUUGUCCACCAUGUCGUCCCUCCGCAGCCUCUACCUGCGAUGGUGCUGCCAGGUGCAGGACUUCGGGCUGAAGCACCUCCUGGCCAUGCGGAGCUUGCGUCUCUUGUCCCUGGCAGGGCCGACAGCAGCUCCAAUCUUCCAGUGGCCCCAGGCCCAGUACCCAGAGGAGGGAGGCCCCUUCCCGCUGCCCCCCCCCCCCCCGCUGCUGCGUAACCCUAACGGGGUCUGA